AUGCAGGAGUGCGUACAGGGGACAGCCAGGAAACGAAAGGCUGCCUUUGGGAGCAUAGCAGAGCUGCGGGAAGCGGCCCUGCGCCUUCUGGAUCACCAUCAGAACCUGAAUGACCUCCUCCUGGAGGUGGAAGAUGCAGUCAAGCCAGCUGGACAGGAUGGCACAGAGCACCAGGAAGUAUCACCAGAAUCAUUUAUAGUCUCUGUUCUGCAGGAAAAGGCUUCAAGACUGGGCGUACCCGCAGCAAUCUUGGCAGCCAAAAAUGCUGUUACCAACAUCGAGCGGAUCUGCCAGGCUUCUGCAAGCCCCUCUCAAGUCCCACUGCUGAACUUGGACCAGAGAAAGAGGUUGUCUUGCUUGCUUCAAACGGUCAAGGAUUUGCUGGCGAGCAAUGUGUUCUGUCGCUCACUCUUCUGUCAAGAAAUGUGGAAAAUGAAGGACCCUCCAGUGCUGGAAGCUGUGUGGCACCUGCACAGCAGUGACAUCGUUGGACUGGGAGAGCUGCUGGAGAGCAACCCGGCCACCCCUGCCGCGGUGGAGUGGCUGGGCAGCAGCCCCUGUGGCCCUCGUGUGUGCCAGUCAAAAGCUUGGAGGUACUUUGCAAUGCUAUUUCUGCAGAAUGGCUUUGGGCAAACUUCAGAACUGGGAAGGAAGUUGGAAUUCAAGAAGGUCCCCUAUAUCUGUCAGGCUGUCUUACAAAGAAUGUUGACAUGGGUGCUUGAUGUGGUUGGUAAAGAGAAGCAGGAAGAUGUUUCCACGUUGCAAGCUAUGAGGUUCUGGCUGAAUGUGUUCAGUGUGUCAGUUUACAAAAGUGCGGUUCAUCCGGAUUCCUUGCAGCAGUUCUUUAGACACACCCUGACCGAGGUUCUUACCUACAACCCAUUGUUGAAAGUAUCUGAUGCCAUCCAUAUGCAGAAAGAGUGGAGCUUUACAAGAACUUGUUCGCUGCUCACUACCUUGUAUCGCAAACUGUUUGUGGCCUUCAGCGUGAAGGAGUCAAUCUGCCAGCUGCAGCAGGUCCUGGAGACUCGCGAAGUGAACUGGCAGCAUGUCCUCUCCUGUGUCUCCACGCUGGUAGUCUGUCAGGCUGAGGCUGAGCAGCUCUUCAAAGAUCUACUGAGCCAUCUCCUGAUAAAGGCCUUUGAGAAUUAUGAUAUGGAAAAUAUGAUCACUGCCUUCCUGAUAGCUCGUCAGGCUGCUCUAGAGGGCCCUGCUGUGUUCAUGCCUUACUCUGAAUGGUUUAAGGCUUCCUUUGGGAAUGCUGGUGGUCACCACGGGAGCAGUAAGAAAGCUCUGGUCUUCCUCUUCGAGUUCUUGUCAGAGCUAGUGCCCUUUGAAGCAGCACCAUACUUGAAGGUCCAUAUAAUGUACCCACCUUUUGUGCCAACAAAACAUCGGUCUAUUCUCUUGGAGUACAUCACUCUGGCUAAAACCAGACUGGCCGACCUCAAGGUUGCUAUAGAAGACAUGGGGCUCUACGAAGACUUGUCUUCCGCAGAUGAAUCUGUGCAGCCCCAGGGCCAGGCGCUUCGUGAUGUUGAAAAGGCCCUUCAGAUAUUUGAAAACACAAGGAAGAUCCCAACAUCUGUGAUAGAAGCCAGUAUUUUCAGGCGACCAUAUUAUACUUCCUGGUUCCUUCCUGCUUUGCUCAGGCCACGUGUGCUCCCCAAAACCCCGGAUGUGUGCAUGGCUUUUAUAGAUUCUUUAAAGAGAGCUGAUAAAAUACCAUCAAACUUGUACUCCACAUAUACGCAAGCCUGUCGUGCUAUGAAAGAGAAAAUGUUACAAGGUGAAUCAAAAGUAGAGACCAGCCAUUCCAAAGAGCCUGUGGAGCAGCUGAAGGCUGAACUGGCUGAACUAAGGGUGCUGAUUGUGGACCAGGCUAAAUACGAAGGUGUCCCAGCACAGAUCGCAGUGAUUUCUGACAGACUUGCAAGUGUCUUGGGUCACAGCAGUGAUGAGAAUGAAGCUGCUACUUUGAAUUCUCCAAUCCAAGUCGACAUUUCUGCCCCCAGGUUGCAACCCAGCCAUCAGAGUGUUGUUGAUCUUCUGCUGACAUCGUUCUGCCAAAACCUAAUAGCUGCUUCCUAUUUUAAUCCUCCUGACAGGCAGGGACCAUGUCUCUCCUUGUUUGUGAAGAUGAUGUGUGGACACAGGCAUCUCUUGCCUGCCCUUCUGGGCAGGCUCUGCCAGCUUAUUUAUCAUCAGGGUCCUUCCCUGAAGGAUGCUCAUAUUUUAGGUCUAGCAGCUUUUGUGAUCCACUUAAGUGAAUCCAGAGCUUUAAUUCCUGAAGUGGAAGCCAAUUUUGGGAUUUCUCAGCCUGUUCCUGAAAAAAUCCUUUCUGUUUCUGAGUACUGGAACCGCUUGCUAAUCUGCAGGACAGAAGAGUCGUUUGCCUUCUGCCUGAGGUUUUGCACUGCAGCAGCGUCAUACCUUCUGUGCAAGUUUUCAUCCUGUUCUCAUGAAGAUUUGUGUGCCUGGCUUCCUCCUAGCCUUGUUAAAAAGCUGCAGUACCUUGUGCCACGGCUGUGCUUGGAAGCUCGGGGAACCCUGUGUGAGGAGGCUAAAACUGACCUAAUGUGGAGUUCCCUGUCAUGCCCCUCCCUGAACUACAGAAGAGCCAGCCUCUGUUUAUGGAAGCAAGCACGCUUUCAGGAGCUCUUGAAGGAAAAAGCAUUUCAGUUGUCUUUCAGAGAGUGGCUUCUGUUGGAGCUGGAAGUGUGCCCUGAGAAGGAUAUUCUCCCUGCUUCGGAACGACAGGAUUUCCAUUAUUGGGCUAUCUAUCAAUGGUAUCUUCCAGCACCUUCUGCUUCUGGUGGCUGCGAUGGAGACCUGGAGAAGGCAUGUGGCAUUAUUAUCAAUACCAUUCUGGAUUCCUCACAAAGGUUGGACCUGGGUAGCCGUGGCCAAUCGAAGAUGUCGGUCAGUCCUGAUAUUCUCUGCAAGCUGCAGGAGAUGGUGCUGGAGCUGGGGUGCAGGCAAAAGCUGCUUUCUGGCUGCUUGGAUGCCCAGAGACAUUUCCUGUUUGAGAUCCUCUGGGAGAGGCUGAAAGAUGGAAAACACGGCUCUGCAUUGGGUGAGCAGCUGUGGAGGCAGCAGGAGCUGCUGCUGCACAGAAGGAUUCUGGUAGGGCUCCCUGCAUCCACUCUGAUCUUGACUUGUCGAAAAGGAAAGAAAACCACGUUGGACUGUGAAGACUUCUUUCGUUUUGUAAACUCGGAGCUGAAGAACGUCUGUUCCAGAGGGUACGCGCUCUCCUACGACGUCACCGCUCACUUCUUCAGGGGCCUGCUUAAUGCCAGCUUGGACUGUGAGGAACCAGCAGAAGGGGUCAAUGAUGUUCUAAGAGCAUGUCAAACCAAAUGUCCCAUUGUGCUUUGCUCUGCCGCGCUUUGGUGGCCGAGGCUGGAGCCGGUACUUUGCUCUCAGUGGAAGAGACUCUUUGGGGCUCCACUUGCAGGAGAACUGGAAAGAAUGAGGGAAUGGCAGUCCUCAGCUACCGGAUUCCUUUCUUCAGGAGUGGCUUUCCCUCUCUCUGGCCCUCCUUGGAUUUCGGCUGCCUUCCUCCACUGUACCGUUCAACGGCAGUCACCACGCGGACAAGAGAGAAAUGCACUGAAGAGGCUGGGGACUGACGCAGAGCAGCUUCUUGUUUCUCUGCUGUUCUUCUCACUCGUUGAUCUCGUCUCAGCAAAAGUAGCACCAAAGGAAGGAGUGGAUUUUCAGACGUCUCUGGAAUGGGCCCUGGAGAUCUUGCAAUGCCUGGAAGAGAGGGGCGCGUCCUGGCCUCUCCUCUUCCCUUCGGCAGAGAGAGACCCCAGAAAAUACCAGGUCCUGCGCAGCGCAGCCUCAGACAGUCACGUCCGGCUCUUGCCCGUCGCGUUCUACAGCCUCACCCCCUGCUUUCGCCAAGAGCUGCUCACUCGAGAGCAGACCUUCCUCUGCGUGGCGCUCGAUUUGUACAUCCAGCUGCUUCGGCUCUUUGUGGAAGGGAAAGACCUGCCGCAGGCUGAGCAAAACGGGGAUCCCUUGGAGGUGAUCUCCACGGCCCGGCGGUUCCUGCUUGGUGCGAUCCCGCGGUGCCCUGCCCGAAGCUUUGGAAACCUACAGCCGCUGCUGGCUGCGUGUGAAGGACUCGACCCUGAGCUGGGAGCUGCCCUCCAGCACUUCUCAAGGCCGGCUGCGGCCUUGGAGCUGGACGAGGAGCUGGUCCUGUUCUGA